GAAACAACGGCGCGAUCACAAAAAUCUCUUCCAUUACCGUCUACAACCUUCUCUCUUACACUAAAACUCUCUUCCUUCUCUUUCUCUGUCUUUAUGUGUAUAUAUAUAUAUAUAUACACUAAGGUCCUUCGAACUGUAUGAAAUCGUACUCCGUUUGGUUCACAGAAGCGACAACCUUGAUAGUGGCGGCGGUUGCGGUUGCGGUUGCGGUAGCAGUGUGAAAUCCACCGAUUUGCGGGACGUGAAGUUGUCGGUUUUCUGUCUCCUGUUGAGAAAAUCGCUUCUCCCCUGUCUGUACUGUCCAUUUCGUUUUUGUUGGGAUUUUUCGCCGGGUGGGUCCCUUUUUUAAUUUCUUCCAUGGAGAUAUCAGGUAGUAAAUUUUUGAAGGGGCUGUACCGGGACUCCUUGCCUCUAUAAAUGCCGGCGAAGUGGAGCCUCUGUGGCUCUGUUUAUGGAUUAAUUAACAUGAUCCGGAGCUGGGUGUGACUUGAAUAAUAUUCCGGAUAUAAAACUCAAAGAUUGGGUUUUGAGUUCCAGUGAAUGAAGGCACCCUUGGUUUUUUGAACCUAUCUUUAUAGUUUCAAAUUCAAAUGAAUUGAAGCAGCUAGAAGCAACAAGUUGUCAAUCUGUAUGCAAUGUUGAGGAUAUUGGCACCGGGGCUUUUGAUUUCAUCUCUCCUUAUAUCUGGAUCUACGGCAGAUAAUGGCUUCCCAAGAUGUAAUUGUGACGAUGAAGGGAGCCUAUGGAGCAUUGAGAGCAUUCUGGAAUGUCAAAGAGUGAGUGAUCUCUUGAUUGCUGUGGCCUACUUUUCGAUUCCUCUUGAGCUGUUAUACUUUGUGAGCUGCUCGAAUGUUCCAUUCAAGUGGGUCCUGUUUGAGUUCAUUGCCUUCAUCGUUCUAUGUGGGUUGACUCAUCUGCUAAAUAGUUGGACAUAUGUCCAACACCCAUUUCAGCUCAUGCUAGCGCUCACUGUAUUCAAGAUCUUGACUGCUCUUGUAUCCUGUGCCACUGCCAUUACACUUAUUACCCUUCUUCCUUUGCUUCUCAAAGUCAAGGUUAGGGAAUUUAUGUUGAAGAAAAAAGCUUGGGAUCUUGGACGUGAGGUUGGGAUGAUAAUGAAACAGAAAGAAGCUGGUUUACAUGUUUCUAUGCUUACUCAAGAGAUCCGGAAGUCGCUUGAUAGGCAUACGAUUUUGUAUACGACACUGGUUGAGCUAUCUAAGACAUUGGGCUUGCAAAAUUGCGCUGUUUGGAUGCCUAAUGAGACCAAUUCUCAUAUGAAUUUAACUCAUGAGCUGAAUAGGAGGAAUCUCUAUAGUUGUUCUUUAGCAAUUACUGAUCCAGAUGUUGAGAGGAUUACAAAUAGCGAUGGAGUAAAUAUCCUUGCGCCUGACUCAGAGCUAGCUGCAGCCAGUUGUGGAGAAUCUGGUGAGCCAGGACCAGUCGCUGCAAUUAGGGUUCCAGUGCUUCAUGGUUCCAAUUUCAAAGGGGGAACUCCAGAGUUAGUCCAGACUUGUUAUGGCAUAUUGGUUUUAGUCCUUCCGAGCGAGCAGCAAAGAUCUUGGAGCAACCAGGAAGUAGAGAUAAUUAGAGUAGUUGCUGAUCAGGUGGCUGUGGCUCUCUCUCAUGCAGCGGUUCUUGAAGAGUCCCAGCUUAUGAGAGAAAAACUGGAAGAGCAGAAUCGAGCACUGCAGCAGGCAAAGAAAAAUGCUAUGAUGGCAAGCCAAGCUAGAAACUCAUUUCAGAAGGUUAUGAGUGAUGGCAUGAGGCGGCCAAUGCACUCGAUUUUGGGUUUGCUUUCUAUGAUGCAAAAUUUGAGUGCUGAUCAACGACUUAUUGUUGAUGCGAUGCUGAAGACCAGCGAUGUUGUAUCUGCCUUGAUAAACGAUGUGAUGGAGAUUUCAAUGAAAAAUAGUGGUAGGUUUCCAUUGGAGAUGAGAUCUUUCAGCUUGCAUUCAAUGAUUAGAGAAGCAGCUUGCCUUGCCAAGUGCUUGUGUGUUUACAGGGGUUUUGGUUUCUCGACUGAGGUCGACAAGACUUUGCCUGAUCAUGUCAUGGGUGAUGAAAGAAGGGUUUUUCAAGUGAUCUUGCAUAUGGUUGGGAACCUGUUGAACAGCAACGAUGGAAGAGAGUUUGUAAUACUUCGGGUUCUCUUAGUGGGUGGAAGUCAGGAAUGGAGUGAUCAAAGAUGGGCAGGCUGGAAACAGAGCUCAACUGACAGGGAUGUAUGUGUUAAAUUUGAAAUCGGGGUACAGAAUAGUGGUCCUCAAUCGGAGGGCUCAAGUUCAGUACUGCAGCUUGGUAGUAAGAGAGAUGCAAGCGAGGGACUUGAUGAGGGCUUGAGCUUCAGUGUUUGUAAAAAAGUAGUGCAGUUGAUGCAAGGUAACAUCUGGGUAGUCCCGAACCCUCAAGGUGAUACGCAAAGCAUGACACUUGUUUUGCGGUUUCAACUCCGACCAUCCAUUGCAUUAGCUAUCUCUGAAUCUGGAGAAUCUUUAGAGCACCCGAACUCCAACUCCCUUUUUAGAGGCUUGCAGGUUCUGUUAGCUGAUGAUGAUGACAUGAACAGGGCUGUGACGCAGAGGCUGCUGGAGAAACUUGGUUGCAUUGUUUCUGCUGUUUCAUCUGGUUUUGAGUGCCUUAGUGCUGUUGGCCCAGGGACUUCAUCUUUCCUAAUCAUUCUUCUGGAUCUUCAGAUGCCGGAGUUGGAUGGAUAUGAAGUUGCAAUGAGAAUUAGGAAGUUUCACAGCCAUAGUUGGCCAUUGAUGGUCGCCUUGACGGUUAGUGCUGAUGAUGAUGUGUGGGAUAGAUGCUUGCAAAGUGGAAUUAACGGAGUCAUUCGAAAACCGGCCCAGUUGCAAGGAAUUGCCAAUGAGCUUCGGAGAGUGUUGAUGCUUUCAAACAAAGUUGUGUGAUGUUACAGAACCUGAGUAGCCUAGAUCAUUCAAAUUCCAUCCUGGGUCUUCUGAUAAAAAAAAAAAAGUAUACAGCGGCACUGUUUAGCCCUUGAAAACCCCACAUGAACUGGCAGUACACAACAUUCAGAAACAAUGGUAUACAGUUAGCUUCUUUUUCCUGAUGGUAUUUUCAUCUUAUUUCAUAGAUAAUUUUGCACAA